CACUCAUAAAAAAGGCCAAAUGCUAUCUAUACCGUAGUCUUUGCACUACCAUUCUCUAUCAACAAAGCAUAGCAAUGGAAUACUAUUUUGAAAACCCUCAUAAUCCAAAUCACCCCAAUUAUGCUCACUCUAUUGAUAUGGUUCCAUCCUCCUCUGACUUCGUGCUAUCCGAUUAUCUCAUCCUCGAUGAUUUUGUUGAUCAUCAAGACUCUCAAUCACAAAGCACUGAAUCAUCGGAGAAGGCUACCUUCAGCGAUGCAAGUCAUGGAUUCAAUGAUGCAACCUCUAGGGACAAUAACAUAAAAUGUAAAAGUGGGAUAAAGCGCAGUAAGGGUGAAGAGAGUCCAAGGAUCGCGUUUAGAACAAAAUCAGAGCUUGAGAUUAUGGAUGAUGGAUACAAGUGGAGGAAGUACGGCAAGAAGUCCGUGAAGAGCAGUCCCAAUCUAAGGAACUAUUACAAAUGUUCAAGUGGAGGAUGCAAAGUGAAGAAAAGGGUGGAAAGGGAUAGAGAUGACUCCAGCUAUGUGAUAACAACUUAUGAAGGUGUGCACAAUCAUGAGUGCCCAUUUACCACUUACUACAGCCAAAUAUCCGUUGUACAUUCAGAUGCUUUUGCAUGUACCAAGUGAAACCAACUCCAAGCCCCUUUCCUCUAAACAGCAAAAGCUUUUGGGAGUCUAAUUAAUCAUAAUUAUUUUCAUGCUGUAAUAGGUUGAAGAGAGCUUGUACUCAAAAUCAUGGUUUUCACUCUGAAUUUCA